AUGAAUUUCCUUAAUGAUUGGUUUAUUUCCCCGUUCGCGAAGAUUUUAAAUUACCUUGGAUUGUAUCAGAAAAGCGGUAAACUAGUUUUUUUGGGUUUGGACAAUGCUGGCAAAACCACUCUUUUACAUCGCCUCAAGGAUGAUCGGUACGGAACUCAUAAUCCUACGCUUCACGCCACAUGCGAGGAACUUACAAUUGCAGGCAUGAAGUUCACAACCUACGAUCUCGGUGGUCAUGAGCAGGCACGUAAGGUGUGGCACUCGUACAUUCCCGCUGUGGACGGGAUUGUUUUUAUUGUCGAUGCCAGUGAGAGUGAGCGUUUCAAUGAAGCUAAAGUUGAACUGGAUAGUCUUAUUAUGGAUCAACAGGUUGCUAACGCACCGAUUCUCGUCCUGGGAAACAAAAUUGAUGUGCCAUCUGCCGUCAGUGAGGCAGUCCUAAGAAGUCACCUGGGCUUGGAUGGACAGGUAACCGGAAAAGGAAUAGUUCCCAGAGAGCACAUUGCUAGUGGACGUCCUAUGGAAAUUUAUAUGUGCAGUAUUCUUAAACGGCAAGGAUAUGGUGAUGCUUUUAAGUGGUUGGCUCAAUAUCUUGACUGA